ACGUGGCUCUUCGGAUACGAGUUGACGGACACCAUCAUGGUCUUCUGCGAGGAGAAGAUCUUCUUCAUGGCCAGCAAGAAGAAAGUGGAGUUCCUCAAGCAGGUGGCCCACGGCAAAGGCGGGGAGAGCGCCAACGGCGUCCCCGCCAUCACCCUCCUCGUCCGGGAGAAGUUUCUCCCUUUUUCUCCUCAGAACGAGAGCAACAAAGCCAACUUUGAGAAGAUGAUCGAGGCGCUGAAGGGCAGCAAGGGCGGGAAGCGCAUCGGGGUCUUCAGCAAGGACAAGUUCCCCGGGGACUUCAUGAAGAGCUGGAACGACUGUCUCAGCAAGGAGGGCUUCGAGAAG